AUGACUGCCGUCGACAACUGUCGCACCGGGUCCUUCGGCAAGACCAGGAUUCCUCUGGCCCACCCCCAUGAUUUGCAAUUCGAUAGGAUCACACAUCACCUAUGCGGUCGUGCUCCGCCAUCAUCAUCUUCCCAAUCCGUCGCGACCAUGCCACCUCCGUUCGUAAUGGUUCAAAUCACGGACGACUGGACGAUUCUCGGCCCGACUUCUCCUUUGUGUGACGAGCUUCACAUUGCAACGAAACCAUGUCGCUUUAUGUCGAGAUAUAUCAACUCUUGGUCUUUCACGAAGGGAUUGCUUGUCUAUGGCAGAGAAGGUCGUGAAAUAUUUAGAAGAAAUUUGGAUGUCAGUAUCUGCAGAGAGGCACUUGUCUACUCUCACAACCACAAAAUCCCUAUUAUUGCCUUUAGUGAGGACAGGUGCUUAACAUUGUUCGAACAUCCCCUCGUGGAAGCACUUCAUACCGUGUAUCAUGAGCCAAAGGCAGAGAUUAUACCUUCAGUUGAGCAGCUCCUGGCAGACAAAGAAAUACAGAAACUAAUUUUCUUAGAUAGUUCUGAGGGAGUUGCCGGUACUUUGCGGCCUUACUGGGAAGAAGCAACACAGGCUCGUGCAUCUGUGGUUCAAGCAGUACCUGACAUGCUUGAAAUUGUUCCACCUGGGACCUCCAAGGGAAAUGGAGUAAGAAUACUUCUCGAUCAUCUAGGUGUUCCUCCGAAUGAGAUAAUGGCUAUUGGUGAUGGGGAAAAUGAUGUGGAAAUGCUCGAGUUGGCUUCUCUAGGUGUUGUACUUAGUAAUGGGUCUGAAAAGGCUAAGGCUGUUGCAAAUGAGAAUACACGCAGCUGA